AUGAUUAUUGCGAAGAUUCGUCGUGUCUCUGACUCUCAUCGAAUGAACGUAGCUGACUUCAGAACUCUUCCUACCAGGAACCCUACGCCCGCCACGCCCAGGCCUCCUUCGCCCGACGAACACAUAGAGCGGAGCCUGCCCGACGACAUGUUUGCCACCAAAGGCACCAAUCGACGUGAGCGAACAUUCGUCGGCAGCUUUUGUGCCGCAUGCGAGGAGCCUUUGGAACACAUCCUUCGCGGAGAGCGAAUCCUUCAACUUUCGUGCGGCCAUGUGUCACACGAGGCAUGUUUCUAUGAGUUCAUCAGGGAAUUCGAUGUCCGGAAUUGCCCAAUUUGUGACAAGCCUUUGGGAUUCGAUACCAGCCGCGGCGGAAACGUCGACUUCGACAAUUUGAACCGGCUCGUACGCUCGACGCACACUCCCGAUCUGAGGGAAAGACCAGAGGAUGUCGAAGCUGCGGUACAGCCAUGGGAGUCAGACGAGCCGAGAAGGUCCAGCACGGCCACACAAAAGCAACUUCCACCCCAAAGAAUAUCGCGAGAGCAUUUGCGACCCGGCCCAGCUCCGCUGAGCAGUCAUCCAUACGAGCGCUAUUCUGCUUCACAUACAUCCAAUUCUGAUGGCCAUGGCCGCCACCCGAGUGCCGACACCGCACCAAUAUCUGACUAUGCCGACAGCCAUCAUGCUAGUGGCAGACGGCACGACUACGAUGUUCAAUCGAUGGAAGCAUCUCUUGCAAGCCCACGACGCUUACGACUCAACACUCGCAAUCCAAUACCAGCGCCUAUUGUGACAGUGAGGAGUGAGUUUCCGACAAUCAAUAAAUCUCGACAUCAGCAAAGUUUGACCUGCCUUGUGACUGUGGAGGUGGUGGAAGGGAAAUGGCGUCCACAUCCAGAGGAGCUGCGAAGCCCCCCUCCACUACCUUCACCCGCCCGAGAACAACGAUUUGAGCAGCGGAAGCCUCGUCCAGUAUCGGAACAACCAGUUGACAGCGUGCACGAAGACAACGCGCUCGAGGAGACGAAAGAGGAACUGUACCGGCGCGUGGACAAUUGGCACGGCUUGGAUUUUGAUCGGUUUGGCAGGCUGAUCAUCCAUGGAAUUGUUCGCGUCGGCAAAGAUAAGCAAACCUGGCAAGAAUUGGAAUGUUAUUUGUUCAGUGAGGUGUUGAUAUGCGUAAAAGAGAAGAAGAUUCAGCCAAACGGGAGUCAACCCUGGCAAGGGCGGGAUGGACCAAAGCCACAAACACGAUGCACGCUCAAAGGUUCUAUUAUCGUCAAAAAGCACCUGAGCCGCGUUGAGACGUCGCCAGAAGGGGAUAUCCUUACUUUGAGUUUGUCGGUAGUCGAACUACCUGCCUUCCACCUCCAAUUCCAGGAUCGCACACAGCUCGGGCAGUGGCGCAAGGCACUCAUCAACAUAAACCGACCUACGCCGCUCGCACCCAUACAGCAGGACUUGGAGCAGGACUUUUCGGGAACUGAUGAGGACGAGUACACGUCACGGAGAAAAAAGCGGGUGUCAUCUGUCCCAUCAUCGUACGGAGCCAACCGAUCGCAGGCCACUGCACCCACAGAAUAUAGUAACUCGCCUGCCGGUGGUGGGCGCGAAAUGAAGCUGGGUUGCUCCCUGCAUAUACCUUUGGACAUUGUGGUUGUGGUGCCCGUCACUUCCUCGAUGCAAGGUCUGAAGAUAAACCUCCUGAGGGAAACUCUGCGAUUUCUGCUAGCAAAUCUUGGAGAGCGAGAUCGCAUGGGGCUGGUCGCAUUUGGUGCCGAAUCUGGAGGUGUGCCUCUCGUCGGAAUGACAACGAAAAGUUGGGGUGGAUGGGGCCUCGCACUGAGUUCCAUCAGACCCAUCGGCAGCAAGAACGUUCGCGCGGAUGUCGUUGAUGGUGCCAACGUGGCAGUGGACCUGCUCAUGCAACGCAAAUCGGCAAACCCGCUGUCAAAUAUCCUUCUCAUCAGCGAUUCGUCCACUUCAGAUCCGGACAGCGUGGACUUUGUCGCCUCCCGAGCAGAAGCAGCGAAGAUUGGCAUCUAUUCUUUCGGCCUAGGGCUCACACACAAGCCUGACACCAUGGUCGAGAUGGCCACGAGGACAAAAGCGAGCUAUAUGUAUGUCAAGGACUGGCUGAUGCUUCGCGAGUGCGUCGCAGGCUGCCUCGGUUCGAUGCAAAGCACGUCCCAUCAGAACGUGAGAGUUCGGCUGCGUCUGCCUGAGGGUUCACCUGCCAAAUUUGUGAAGAUCAGUGGUGCGCUCCAAGUAACCAAGAGAGCGACCGGUCGCGAUGCUGAAGCUUCCCUCGGCGACAUGCGCUUCGGCGAUAAACGCGAUAUCCUCGUCCAGCUCGCCAUUCAGCCUGACAACUCAACACCGGAAUCCGUCCUUGCCGAUGCUUGGGAAAACAUGGUUUCCAGUCUUGAAGCACUUGGUUCUAUUGAGCAAGAGGAAAGCCGCGCUGCUUCUGUUGAGGAGCUCCCAAUUCUCCAGGCGGAGCUCGUCCAGGAAGACGUCCUUCUUGAACGUGUCAGUACUCAGCUGGCACGUCCUUCUUUGCUUGCCAUCACAAUGCUACCUGCUCCUUCCACAAAGGCGCAGAAUGGUGGCCGACCGACUACGCCUUCCAUACCGCCUCAUCCAUCCGUGGUUCAGCGUCGCAUGGAACUCCUGACUUCUGACAUGUUGACAAGAGCUCUGAGUUUAGUAAGCCGUGGCCAGAACGAUCGAGCACACCACCUUCUUGCCGAAACACGAUCUAUCUUGAAAGGCCUAGGCAAAGGUGGCCUCCCUCCGUUACCCACGCCUCCACCAACUGCCGCCCUCCCUCCAACUCCGACCUCAGCACAGCCAUGGAAAAACUCUCCUCUCGAUCCCGCUUUCCCAGCACUUCCCACAGCCAUCCGAACACCAUCACCCGGACACCACGAGACAACCCCACUCUCGCCCACCGUCGGUAUUGAUAGGACGACAAUGAUAGCUCUCGACUCGGAGCUGGAAACGAGCCUCGAGUGGAUCCGUAACCCCACAGUCUUCGGCCGCGACACACGCAAAUCGGUCCUCCAAGCCAUUGGUGUCAUCAGCUCUCAGCGUGGCUACACAUUCCGAUCGCCAUCCGAAUCUUUGUGGGCGAAACGUGUACCAGGUAUUCGAUGCAUGGCCGAACGCAGUCUCGAAUGGCGAGAAGUCGGGGAUGACGCACUUAUGGAAGAGACUGAGUCUUCAACUACUGGCACGCAAUUAACAUCAUAUCCCACACAACCCCAUCAUUCCUUUUGCGACAUGAGCAUUGCAGCGUACAUGCAAAACAUACGGCGAUGA